AUGUCUGGUGAAGAGCAUAAAUCUUUACCCAUACCAACGGGAUCCAACGACAAAGUGGCUAAUGCGCCAAACUCAUUAGCACCACCACAGGGAGCCAAUGAUGCAGGAAAGGCUAGACUGGCGCACCCAACGAUGUCACCGCUUUCGUUAUCGCCCAACGCAAAGACUAUUGAUCAACUUAUGAAAGACAACCAUCCAACACCGGCAACUGAAAAAGCAAUAGCUUCAAUAGCUCCCAUGUUGGAGGCAUUCACGCCAAAGACAAAUGCUGAGGACUCGGCAUCAAGGUUGGGGUCUAUUUCCUUGCCAUCGCCAUACGUUUCUUCGUCCUCUGCAUUAAAUACGCAUUCUGCGGGAAGCACAGAAGAUAUUGGUGUUAUUGAUGAAGUAGCUCCUUUAACAGUAGAGAAUGUUGGUGAGAUAAGAUCAAAGGCAAACUCAUUUUCCAUGACAAAUGCUUCUGCUUCUGCUUCUGGUUCAGCUCCAGCUGCUACUGCUGCUGCUGGGGGUGGAAGUGGAGGUGAUGGAUCCAAGUUGAAUAAAACUAUUUCAAACACUUCAAACACUUCGAGAAAACUGUUUUCACAAACCAUCAACAAAGUUCCUGAACAUGUUCAAAAAAAGCCAAGCUUAGGUAAGAUUGGAGUCUGUGCCAUGGAUGCUAAAGCAUUGAGUAAACCAUGUAGAAAAAUACUUAAUCGUUUGAUUGAAAAUGGCGAAUUUGAAACUGUGAUUUUUGGUGACAAGGUUAUUUUGGAUGAGACUAUUGAAAACUGGCCAACUUGUGAUUUUUUGAUUAGUUUUUUUUCAACAGGGUUCCCACUUGAAAAGGCUAUUGCAUAUGUCAAUUAUAGAAAACCAUUUUUAAUCAAUGACUUGGUGUUCCAAAAAGCGUUAUGGGAUCGUCGAGUUGUUUUGGCAAUCUUAAACCAUGCAAAUGUGCCAAGUCCCGAGAGGUUGGAGAUUAGCAGAGAUGGUGGUCCACAAUUGGAAGAGCAAUUGCAAGAGAGAAUGAAGGAGGUUGGCUUUACAGAUGACCAACUUCAUGCAUUGAGUAAUCAGCAGGAACCUGAAUGGGAAAUGGUGGAUGAAGAUACCCUUCGUGUUGGCGACAAAAUUAUGAAGAAGCCAUUUGUUGAAAAACCAGUUGAUGGAGAAGAUCACAAUGUGUAUAUUUACUACCCAAAGUCCACAGGUGGUGGAGGUAGAAGAUUAUUUAGAAAGAUUGGUAACAAAUCCUCCGAGUUUGAUCCAAACUUGACGGAACCAAGAACUGAUGGCUCUUUUAUUUAUGAAAGUUUCAUGGAUACAGACAACUUUGAGGAUGUCAAGGCAUAUACUGUUGGACCCAAUUUUUGCCAUGCAGAAACAAGAAAAUCACCAGUCGUGGAUGGUAUAGUUAGAAGAAAUACGCACGGUAAAGAAAUUCGUUACGUAACAGAGUUGAGCAAUGACGAAAAGCAAAUGGCGAAAUCAAUUAGUGCUGCAUUUAUGCAAACGAUUUGUGGGUUUGAUCUUCUUAGAGUCAAUGGUAAAUCCUAUGUUAUUGAUGUCAAUGGAUUUUCAUUUGUUAAGGAUAAUAACGAAUACUACGAUUCGUGUGCAAAUAUUUUGCGUUCAAUGUUUGUUGAAGCUAAAAAGUCAAGAGACUUGCUCAAGAAUAAAGUACCAUUGCUGUUGCAAACAAGUCAAUUUGAACAAAAGGAGCAGAAAUGGGUCUUUAAAGGUAUGGUCACUGUUAUUAGACAUGCAGAUCGUACCCCAAAGCAAAAAUUCAAGUACUCGUUUAAAUCACCACUCUUUAUCAGUUUGCUAAAAGGUCAUACUGAAGAAGUGAUUAUUCGUGCUGUUCCAGAUCUUCAAGUUGUGCUUGAGACCGUGAAGAUUGCUGAAGAAAAACAACUCGAAGACCGUAAAAAAUUAAAGCAAUUAAGGAUAGCGUUGGAAAAGAAGAUAAAUUUCCCAGGAACAAAGAUCCAAAUCAAACCUUCUUUGAAUGCGGAGAAUCCGGAAAUUGUUGAUAAAGUGCAGUUUAUCUUGAAAUGGGGAGGUGAGCCAACACACUCUGCUAAGCAUCAAGCCACCGAUGUUGGAGAACAAAUGAGACAAAACUUGAAGUUAUUGAACCGCGAGGCGUUGAAUGAUGUCAAGGUAUAUACCUCUUCUGAGAGAAGAGUCAUUACUAGUGCGCAAUAUUUCACAACUUCGCUCCUUGGUCUCACUGAUGAACAUUUGCCGGAAGACUUCCUUAUUGUGAGAAAGGAUUUACUAGAUGACUCCAAUGCUGCUAAAGACUUGAUGGACAAAGUGAAAAAGAAGUUAAAGCCAUUGUUGAGACAGGGUGCAGAAGCACCUCCUCAAUUUACAUGGCCACCUAAGAUGCCACAACCAUUUGAAGUCAUUAAAAGAGUUUGUGAAUUGAUGAACUUUCAUCAUCAAAUCAUGAAAUAUAAUUUUGAGACCAAGGAUGUCCAACAUUUCCAAGAGAAUUGGUGUUGCGGUGAAGAUCCAUUCUUGUUCAAAGAAAGGUGGGAUAAGUUGUUUCAAGAGUUUAUUAGCGUCGAAAAGACUCAUCCUUCGAAAAUCUCAGAGUUGUACGAUACCAUGAAGUAUGAUGCAUUGCAUAAUCGUCAUUUCUUGCAAAAGAUUUUUGAAUUUGAUCCUAAUGACGAACAACUCUUGGCGAGAUUGAGAGAAACCUGUGGAAGUACUGUGAACUCUUCUGGUUUAGUGAGUGAGUACCCAAUCAAUUUAUUAGCAAUGAACAAUUUCAAAAUUCCUUCCGAGGGUACUUCUGUGUCAAGCUCGCAUAACAAUUCUAGCACACAAUUGAAUCCUUCGAGUCUGGCAUCAGCGGGAUCUUUGGGAUGGGUUCUUAGUGGCGCCACUGCUGAUAUAAAACAGGCAAGUGGUGGUAGUGGUAAUGGUAAUGGUAAUGGUAAUGGUAAUGGUAAUGGAGUUGAUGGAGUUUCAUCAAACUCAAACACGAGUGCAAGUACGAGUGCAGGUUCGAGUACCACCGUCAAUGGCAAUGGCAGUGGCAAUGGCAUUAGUAAAAACAAUAAUGCAAAUGCCAGUUCAUCGCAAAAAGGUGCACAAAACCCAUUUGAUCAUGCUACAUUUACAAGAUUACGGGAAUUAUACCGUCUCUCCAAAGUUUUAUUUGAUUUUAUAUGUCCACAAGAGUACGGAAUCAAAGAUGAAGAGAAACUUGAUAUUGGUUUACUAACUUCAUUACCAUUGGCCAAGCAAAUACUUUCUGACAUACAGGAUAUGAAGAAAGAUGCGUCAUCUCCGUCGGUGGUCAAUUAUUUCACAAAGGAAAGUCACAUUUACACUUUGCUCAAUGUUAUUUAUGGAGCUCAAUUACCAAUGAAGAUUGCGAGAAAUGCAUUACCGGAAUUGGACUAUUUAUCACAAAUUGUGUUUGAAUUGUACGAGGCGGAUGACCCAACUAGCCCUCAGGGUAAAAAACAUUCAAUUAGAUUGAGUUUGAGUCCCGGUUGUCAUACUCAGGAUCCAUUGGAUGUGCAAUUGGAUGAUGAUCACUACAUUGGAUGUAUACCAAGAUUGAGCUUGACCAGACAUUUGGACAUGGACUUGGUGACGCAAAGAUUAAAAUCGAGAUUCUCAAGAGUAUCAUUACCCAAGAAAUUUACCCCUGUCAAUAUUUCCAGUCCUUUGGCCAGUGGAAUUUAG